CUGCGGAUAAAUUUGGAACCACUAGACGAUGCGUCCGUCAUGAAGGUUUUGGAGUCGUGUGUUUGCGCUGUUUGUGUUCGUGAUUUUAUUUAUUUUCUUUCUCUGUGAACAAGUGACUGGAUUUUAUUCGGAUUAUUAUCAUUUGAGGCAUGUAAAGGUUCAAACAGAUAUCGUACAUAAUUAAUAAAGGUCAAAUUUAACUGAACGUUGAAUCAAUUCUUUAACUACAAGCUCAUAACAUGAAGCCUGUAACAUCCGAUAAGAAUUCCUCGAAAAAGAAUGGAUACCAACCUGAAGAUGACAGCAUAAGGUACAAAUUAAACUUGGCUUAUUUCAACGAUACUGCUAAACCUGUCAAAGCUGUUAAAAAAGAAGAAAAACUCCCUGUCGAUGAUGACAAUGUCCGAUACAUGUUCCCUACAGUAUUGGCCAAACCGGUUGAUAAAAAAUCUAAACCGAAACCCAAAAUUAAGGUAAACUUUUGGAGCACAAAGCAAUCAUCAAACCGUCUACACAACAAUGAAACUAAAGAAAAAACCACUAGAAGACAUACAAUUGGUAUACCUAAAGAAUUGCCUCCAACAAAACUCAAGAAUUCUGUAAAAGUUCGUAAGCGAGUAUCAUUCUUACCUUCUCCAUUAUUCUCCGAUAACCAUGUGCCUAUGGUAACUGUGCCUGAUGAUUUAACCAUACAACUGAACGAGGAAGAGGCCAAUGACCUUGGUGAAGAUCUAAAUCUUGCUUUUGUUAAUGAUUCUAAUGCUAACUCCUCAAAGGGAAAAUCUAAGAGUUCAACCACACAGACCAGUCCAAAAGGAAACAAACGUAAACGCAGCAAUGAAGACACAAGUACCAGAUUCGGCAAUGAAAACGAAUUGGAAUUUUUCUCUAAGUAUGUUGUACAGAAAUUGCGAAAAAUGGAAACAAACCAACGGAUCUACUCCGAGAAUCUAAUUAAUACUGUACUGAUGCUUGGACAACUCGGGAAGUUGAACGGCAAAUCUAAAAUAGCUGAAGCAUAAUAUAUACUACUACUAUAAUUAAUCAUUCUUGAGUACCAUUUGUACAUUUAUAUAUAUGUUUUG